AGAAAAGGCUGCAGCAGCGCUGAGACUCAGUAAUCAUCUCCGAUGUUCAAAAUGCAUGUGGCUCUUCUUUAUUUCCUUUGAUAUUUUUUGCUUUCAUAGCAACCUUUCUGAAAGAUUCCAUUUACCACUUUACUGUCUAGAGCAUUCCAGGAAGAAGAUGGCAUUUAAAGUUCACGUCAUUACAGCGCGUUAUUACGGAGUGUUUGUCAGUCUGUAUGUAUUGUUAUGCAGUAUCAAUGCAGAUAAUUUUCCCGGUAAGAAAGUUGACUUCAACAAAAUGAUACAGAGGGAACGAAGCUUAAAAAUCAUCAGAGACGCUAUCUUGACAAAACUAGGAAGACCCCCGCAGGAUGAUCCAGGGGUUACUGAAGAAGAAAGCGAGAAGUCAGUGACAACACCGUUAAAACACGAAAACAAAUGCUUUACCGAAAUUCAAGAAAUAAUUGCCUUUUCCGAACCAGUCGAGAAUAUCACGAGCGAUAAUAUUUUCAAAUUCUCCAUGACAAAGGACAAUCGUACACAUGAAAUACAGAGUGCGAGUGUACUUGUACAAGUGAAAUUCAAGAGACGCCGUAAGAAUUCUAGAAAGAAGGCGAAACCACGACGGAUUCGGCUCAUUCUAAGUACCGUUGAUGAAAAGGGGCGCAAACUUCAACAAAUUUCCUCACGAAAAGCCAAAAUUUCUAGAACAAAUUGGUUUAAGCUUUUUCUGCCAAAAUCUUUAAUUGAAGCUGCUCUGAAAUCUGAUAAUGCCAAUAUCAAGUUGCAUAUCCGAUGCAAAGGCUGCAAGAAGUUUGCCAAAUUGGUGCUAUUGCAUGGCACUAAACGGAAGAGGAAACGUGCUGGUAAAACCAAAGGAAGACGAAAGAGACAUCGAUUAAGAUCCCGGAAAUUAGAUAACAGAAAACUAAGUAGGACGAGACCCUUCUUACUUAUCCAUACAAAAAUUAAUAUCCGAGACAAAAGACAGACCAAUGAAUGUCAUACACAAAUGAACCAGUGUUGUAAAAUUCCACUUGUGUUUUCUUUUGCGGAAGCUGGCUGGAGCGAUUGGGUCAUUUCUCCACCAUCUUUUAAGACUAAUAUGUGUAUUGGGGGCUGCAAUUCCGGUUCUCAUUGGGACCGAAAGUUCAAUUAUACAUAUCACUGCACAGAGAAGAAAAACAAGCCCUUACGUAUAAUGUACUUUGACAAUACCGGAGCAGUGAUUAUAAGUAAACUUCCUCGAAUGAUAGUUACAGAAUGCGGAUGUUCAUGACAAGAAAAAUCCCAGACACUUUAUUUAAACACAUUUUUGAACGAAAACAAUUUUGAAAGAAAAAGAAUCGAAUUUUAUAUAGGCUGAUAAAAAAGGAUUGACUGGCAUUUUUCAGUGACAUGUUGCAUUUUUUACUUUAUGCUUUACAUAUCAUUUUUACAUACGUUAGUUUACAUUGUCAACAAUUCUGCUUGUAUUCAAACAUUCUAAUUAUGUUAAUUAUGUCGUGUAUCUUACAAAUGUUGAUCUUGGAUGAGAAGAGCUCUCGUUUCUGUGAUAUUUCCUAAAAUUUUUCACAAUAAUUAUUAUUUAAAAUAAUAGUUUAUUGGCAAAGUAACCUACAAUGUUGUAAAAAGGCAAUGUACGUAUAUUCUUUCUCAUAUACGGGUAUGAAUGUAUAUUGUGAGAUAUAUGCUUGUACCGGUGGUGUGUAAAUAUUGUCCAUGUUCCGUCCUGUGUCUGAAAUAAAUUUACUUUUUGUCUUUAUAAAA